UAUAUCGGGAAAGUAAGUACAUUUGGCAAGGACACGCCGUGCAGCCAGACAUCGCGAAAGCCGCCAUUCAGCAAAAAUAUCAAUUUGUUUGAAGUUAUCGCAGAAUAACGUGACCGUGGGCCCAGUCGGGUUUAAAUAAAGCGGACGGAGGCUCGAGACAGAGGGCGUGGCUGUGAGCGGUGACGUUCAGUGUUUAUGUCAAGCCGAGCUGCAAACAGUCAGUACGGUAACCUGUCAGACCUUCAAACCGUGGACCGUAAACGCUUUUAACUCCAACUAUGUUUUAGUGUGCUCUUGUGUCACCCCUGCCCGGGUGCCAUGGUCCUCAGUUACACAUGAGCUCUACUAUGUGGUACAUCAUGCAAAGCAUUCAAAGUAAAUACUCCUUGUCUGAGCGGCUCAUCCGCACCAUCGCAGCCAUCCGCUCAUUUCCACACGACAAUGUGGAGGACCUCAUUCGUAAGGGAGCUGAUGUGAACCGGAUGCAUGGCACACUUAAGCCCCUGCACUGUGCCUGUAUGGUUGCCGAUGCCGACUGUGUGGAGCUGCUGUUGGAAAAGGGGGCAGAGGUGAAUGCUUUGGAUGGGUAUAAUCGCACAGCACUGCACUAUGCAGCAGAGAAGGAUGAGAGCUGCGUGGAGCUGCUGUUAGAGUAUGGGGCCCAGCCAAAUGCCCUGGACGGCAACAAGGACACCCCACUUCACUGGGCCGCCUUCAAAGAUAACCCAGAGUGUGUGAGGGCCCUGCUGGAGAGUGGAGCCUGUCCCAAUGCCCGGGACUACAACAAUGACACACCUUUGAGUUGGGCAGCAAUGAAGGGCAACCUGGAGAGUGUCAAAGUGCUUUUAGACUAUGGGGCCCAGGUCCAUGUGACCAACCUGAAGGGCCAGACCCCUAUUUCCCGACUGGUGGCCCUGCUGGCCCGGGGCUUGGGCACCGAACAGGAGGAGGAGUGCCUAGACCUGUUGUGCCGAGCAGCAGGGCGCUUUGAGAUCCGACGGGCUGAUGGCACCCUUCCCAGGGAGCUGAGUAAGGAUCCCCAGCUGCUGGCGAGGCUAACCAGUAUGGUGGCUCAGGCUCCCACGCUUCGUUCUCUCGCACGCUGUGCUGUCCGGCAGAGUCUUGGAGUCCAGUUUCUCCCCACUGCUGUAAAAGAGCUUCCUUUACCAGAGACUAUCAAAGACUAUCUACUGUUGAGAGACUGAGGUCAUGAAACAACAAAGACAGCUCAUCACACAGCAUUUAUUGGCACGGAAUUGUCUUCAUUCAAAUAUAGGAUAUUAACAGUGGCUGUCAUUAAUCAAACCUUCUUGCAGGUGAAGAGAGAUUGGCGUCUCGGGAGAGUUUUCAUUAUCUACAUCUAUAGUUGUUUUUCCACUGCACAUUACGACUUGAGUCAGUUCUACUUUUUUUUUUCUUUUUUCCGUUGUGUACCUGGUACUUUUUUGGUAAAACCUUGUUUUGAGUUUCCAAGCAAGCUGAACUGAUGCUGAACUGAUACUGAAAGGUGGUGUGGGCCCAUUCUUAUCUUCUGUUGUAAGAAAAGGAGCUCCUUUAUGUGUACUAAUGAGUGUGUGGUUGAGCAAGGGAGAAAAGGUUAGCAGUGACGUUGUCAGUUUAGCACAGUGAAAGCAGUGAAACAGUUUUGUCACUGAAAUAAAGGCUGCGGCGUCACAGGACUAAAGUUAAGCUCCUGAGUGUUGUUUUCCAACCGCUGGAAAAAUGAAUGGGGUUUGGCACUGCUAUGAUGAUCAGUUAAGAUGUCUGUGGAAAACAAAGAAAGUAAAGUAGAGAGUAGAGUUGAUUCAAACCAUUCCCUGCAGUGGAAAAACGACACAAAUGAGUCGUGCACAUUUGUUAAUUUGUCUAGUGUCAGUUGUAGGAUGAGGAUGGGACCGGGUCAGGUGGUUUCAUAAGAACAUCUAAAAAUGAUGCACUUUCUGGUAACUCAGACCUGGCCUGUUAAGAAUAAGUCUUGGCUCAGCAGCUUUUUCUCGGCCUCAACUUUCAUGCAGUACAGAAAAAAACUGCAACAUCAGAGCUAGUCAUUCGUCUGUUCACAAGGAUCCAGUGCAUCUUUUAAAUUUUAAGCAGGCUUAUUAUGGAUUUUUUUGUAUGCAAAAUUCACAAUUUUGUAUUGAAUAUUACAUUUUAAAACUUAAAUAUAAUAAAAAAAAUGUCAUCAUCAUUUGACACAGAGCAUGAAGAAUCUUAUUAGAUGGUAAAAUGAGUAUGCUCAUGCUCAUUGUAAGAUUAGGUUUAAAUGUAAGAUAGGUUUAUGAAUGAGUGUAACGAGGCAGGCAGCCUAGUAGUUCUUUCAGAGGAUGCCGUUCCUGAUGUAGUGCUCUGGAACACAUGUUAUGUACUGAGUAUGAUAGUUGGAGCGGCCAUUGACGUACCAGUGAACUCACAAUGCAGUCAAUUUUGAAAUAGCAAGGAAAAAAUAAAAUUUAAAGAACAAACUUAAUGGGAACAGUUUUAUUUGCUGUGUAACAGCAGCUGAAGUGUGCAGAUUAUUAUCAUUGGUUCACAUCUAUUCCUCUUAAAAUUUCAUUGCUGGCCAAAGGGUUGUCAACAUGCCUGCUGUCAUUUACUAUUUAUGUGGGCUUUAUUUUAGGGUGCAGUUGCCAAGGAGGAAUACAUUUUUUUGUUUGUUUUUACAAUGGAUGUUUUCAGUCUUAACAAAGUUCAAGUUUUCCACGGUGCUCCCUCGUUCAGAAUGUUGCAGCAUAUGUUUAAAAAUUACUUUAUAUUAAAUUAAUUGUUAAAAUGUUAGAACCAUUAAAUUGCUUUUGUCUUCAAAAAUUCACUAAAUAAGCUUGCAAAAAUGUAUUUACGUUUGUUAUGGUAGCUGUCUAAAAUCUGUCCAUUUCUGUGCUUGAUUUUUGUUUGCUUGUUGUGCUGCUGUAUGAAAAAUAACCCCCUAGAUCAUGUUUUGUGUACACUGCAAAACUGCUUUUUUCUUGCCAACAUAAUGAAAGUAAAUGCCUUUAUAUUCCA